AUGCGCUGGACGGUAAUCACCAGUAUUGUGUUGCAUCUACAGUUUGUAAAAGCGCUGAAAUGCUUUUACUGUCAGCAGCCAAGUAAGUUGAGGGCCUUCGUAUUGAAAAUGAAUGAGUGGCGAUUAGUUGGUAAAAAAUUUAAAAAGCUGUUUUACAUACGAGAUACCGGAGGCGCGAAGUUUAGAUUUUGAAAAGAAACGGCGUAAAUCAAAUGGCCUUUUGAUAAGAGCCGGUUAGAUUUAUAACAUUCUUUUCUAUGAGCUUUCUAGCGUUGUUCAAAAACCACUAAUUGUAAGCUUUUUGGAUUGGAAAGUGUCAAAAAAUUUAGAUUUUUAGGCUUAAUUAGUGUACAAUAUUUUUGCAAAAAAUAAGAUUUUUUUUGUUAGAACAUUUCUUUUCUUGAAAUACUUACUUUUAACAAGUUCAGGUCAACGAAUCGCCCCUCAACUCUGGCUUCACAGCACCGAGCAAUGUACGCGCCGCAGAGUAACCGAAUGCGAGGGGAACACCAAGGCUUGUGUUGUGGUCGCAGUCCGUAAUUCUCACGCCAAUUUCACUGUGUCCGGCUGUUCUGAAGAUGAGUUUGUGGGUUGCGAGGAGUACGAUGUGCAGGCAGAGUAUGGACGGACGAACGUUCAAGUGUGUCAGUGCAACUCGGAUAGGUGCAACUCGGACUUUCAUUUGGAUUUUGGAAAAGAUUUUAAUCGACUCAAAAGUGGGGCCACUCAAAGGACGUUGCCCAAAUUCUUGGGUUUGGAAGAAGAUACCAAAUAUGGGAAUGGAAAUGAUGGGGAAGGGCAGGGAAAGUCACGGUGAGGAUCUAAAAAUUUGUUGACUCCAUUUUUAUAAAAAAAAAGUUAAAACAAAAAAAUAUUCUUCGUAUUUUAGCCAAGACCGCGAGCAAAUCUCCCUCCAAUAUCAAGAAAUCUCAACGCCGGCCUCCCACAGAUGUGACUCAAAUGCAAUCUGCGGCAACUCUUCGAGUAAUUUAACAAGUAAUCUCCUACUUUCAAUAAUUCUUUACUACUUUAUACGGUUUUCUUUAUAAUUUUUUUUCAAUUAUUUUUUGCCAAAUAAACCUACUUUUUACUAUUUAUUGUUAAUAUUACAUUUAAUAUUUGUACAUACAAAUAUCCGUAAAAUAGUAACCUCGAUCCGUGGAUAAUUUCAGUGCGCGGAUCUGACUUUCCACCCAACUUUUCCCACUUUUAA